AUGCUCACAAUUAAUAUCAAGGUUUGUACUUUAAUCAAAAUUUUAUUGAAAAUAGUAGUAGACAUUUUGUAGUGUCAAAAAUUAACACGUUAAAACUCCAUUCCAUUAAAAAAACAUCUAAAUUAUUUUUUCUCAUUGAACCAUACAAGUGCACUAUAUUAUUAUACUAAAAAUACACUUGGAGAUAAUACUUUUACUUAUAUUAUUGUAUUACACUUAGUAGUGAACUAAAUGACUAUAGUUCAAUGGUUUUCCUUUAUAUUUAUAAAAUAUCACUACAACUGAUAUAAUAUUUUGUUUUAUUACUAACUAUUUGUCUGUUUGUCACGAUGGAACAAAAUAUAUUAUUAAAUCUCCAAUUAUCUAUUUGUAGUAAUAGUUAAUCAUUACUUACAUAAUCAUUGCUUAGAUACCCAUUAAAUUUCUGUCUAUAGCCUAGCUUCCCAGCUUCCGACCUACAAUAGUGGCUGUACUCAUGCCGAUUAUCCUCGCCAUUAUCCUAGAAUAACUUUUUAUCAUUAUGACUUAUAUUCCACCCCCUUCCGAGUUACUCGAAAUGUUUAAUCUCCCCCUGUUUAUUAAUAUUACAUUUUCAAAUUUCAAUUAGAUAAACUUUUUUGUUAUCUUAAAUAUAUUAUGUUUGUAUCAUAUACAGAGUAUAUGAUUUGAUUUUACAUUUGAUUAUCUUUAUUAAUUCAGGAGAUGUUGCAAUGAGUAUAGCCUUGUGGUAUACUGUAAAUAAGCAUUCAGUAAGAAAUUGUCUAAUUUAUAAUGUAAACUAUAUAAGAACUAACUGUAAAGUCAACUACUUUCUAGUUACUUUGUUUUAUAUUAUUAAGAGGUAUAUCUAGGGUAAAUACCAUAUUGUUUGUUAUUGUUAUAUUUAUUAUAUUGUUAUUACAUAUGUGAAUUAGUAUCUGUGCACUGUGCAAAUUAAAUAUUUCAUCGUAUUUCAUUUUAUACAUAUAUCUCAGAUUAUAAUUUACAUGAUUCAAGAGGACACCACACCGAUAUCUACUGUCUGUCUUACAAAGGCAAGACUUAGCAAAUUUGCAUUCAGUAGGACACAAUUUGACACAUUGUGCCAUUAGUUUUAAUAUUAAAUUUAAUUGUCCUAUUACCAAAAUUAAUGGUAAGACAAUCGUCUAUAUAUAUGCCUGUAUGUGCUCUAGCAUUGAUAAUCUUUUUAAUAUUUGUAAUUUCAAAUGAGGUAUAAGUGUAUUAAAUAUCCAAAUUUAAAAAUUAAAACUAAAAAUAAAAAUAAAAAUUGUAAGAUGAGACAGUUGAUUUCAGUUUGGCGUUCUCUUAAAAUAAAGAGAUAUUAUUUUAUCAACUUUAAAUGUAUAAUACUUACUUUUUGUUCAUAACUGUUUCUUUUCCAAGGUAUUUUCAAAAAGAUACCUUGAAAUGUGAAACAUUGUAAGUACAAAAAUGAAAGUGAAAAAUUCGGAAUUUAUAUUAGUAAAAUUAUAAUUCCAUGACAUGAAUAUUCCCUAUGAAUAGAAAGGUAUCUAUAAUUAUGCAGCUGACUGUUAUCACAUUCUCUUUUAGUUUAUUAGUAGUAUGGUUAAUUGAUUGUAUACUUUUUUUUGGGGAGGGGGGGUGGAUCUUUGUGGGAUAUAAGUAAUGUUAUUGUUUAAAAUAAUUACCAUAGUGUUGGAAAUUUACUAAUGAACUUUAUUUUCUUUAGAUUAAAGACUGUUAAAAAAGCAAAAAGAAUAAAGCUAUUAAGGUAUAUAUUUUUUCUGAGUAAAAAAAUCAUUAAAUUUGAAGAUUUAUUAUUAAAGAAUGAUACACAAUAAUUACUUAUUGUGAUUCUUUUUUAUAUUUAUUAUAUAUUCUGAUAUAAUAUAUGUUCUUUAAUUUAGAGAAGUCCGAAUUAAUGUAAAUUUAAGUAAUUUUUCAAGUUUAGAAAAUAUUUCACUGAUAUUGUAUUUGUAUAAUAGUUAAUUAAACAUACUUUUAGGAAAUCCAAAUGGAAAUAUUAUCACCCAAAAAAAAGAAAAAGAACAAUGAAAAUGUAGUGUGGCAUACAAAUCAUGGUGAACAAUUAGAAAAAGAUAUUGCUACUGAAAUUAUGUAUAACAAUUGAAAUGAUGAAAUCCACAUAUGUGAUUGUGAUUAUUGUAAAAAGUCAUAUACAUUUAUUUCUUCUUUGAAUAAACAUAAAAAGAAGGGUCAUAGUGUUAAAAAAGGUUUGUAUUUUUAAGAAUAAAUUAUAUUUUUCUAUAGUUUUUUUUUAUUAGUUAUAUUAAUAUCUUUAUAAAUACUUUCGUUUUUUUUUUUUUUGAUGAAAGAUAUUUUAUAAUUAUCAGUGUUUAUAACUCAUAACUAAAAAAAAAGGAUUUUCGAAUCAUUUUUAAAAAAAUUCUUAUUUUUCUAAGGAACCCCUUUUAGAAUUCAAUUUGGCACACUGCUAAUAUUAUAAAAAUACUUCACCCUAUCUUGGAAUUUAAAAUUUGGUAUUUUCUUUAAAUCUUAAAAUUAUAAUAAUAUUUAAUAAUCUGCAAAAUUUCAUGGUUAUAUGAAAUAUAAAUACUAAUAUUUUAAUGUUAUAUUUGAACUAACUGAACCCCUUUAAUAAAUACAACUUUUAUGGUUUAAUCAAGAAACAGUUGCCAUUUUUAUUUUCUCUAAUAUUUUAUUUAUAUAAAAAAAGAAGACAUUGAUACUAAUAGUUAAUAAUGUUAAAUGUAGUUUUUUUUUUCUAAAUUUAAAUUUGAAUAGCAAAUUUGGAUGAAAAUUAUACUUUUUAUGGCCUUCAAAAUAUGUAUAACAUGCAAAAUGAAUAAAUCCUAUCUUCUCAACUUCGCACCUACAUUAGUGGUUCAAUCAUCUCAUAUAUCAGUGCUUUUUUAAAAAAAUUUAUAUCAUUAUUGUACAUUUAAUUUUUAUCUUAUACAUUUAGAUGUGUUCAAUACUAAAACUGAUACAAAACCUACACAAGUUAAUCAAAAUACAUUACUGUAAGUAAAAUAAAUUUUACUAAAUUUUAAUAAUGUUUAUUUAGUUUAUUUUUUUCUUUAUACAUUGUUCUUUUUUUUUCGGGGAGCUUAUACUACUCUACAAGUUAUGCUGUCAUCACAAUUUAGAACUCUAUUCAAUCUUGAAUUAUGUUUCUCUACUCUCCAGUACUAUUCCCUUUAAAUCCUUCCAGACCACAUCCAUCUAACUAGGAUGUUGUUGCUUUAAUUAAACUAUUGUCCUUUCUACAUUUUACAUGCUCAAGCUGUUCGAUUCUCUGGCUUCUUAUGUAGUCUUUUAUUUGAGUCAUCCCUAUUUUCUCUAACACUACUUGUAUUCCUAUCUAUUUUCGGCUUGCAUAUUACUCUAUAAAUUCUAUUCUCAAAGGCAUUAAGUUUUUGAUAUGAUUUGCUCAUAGUUAUCUGAACACUCUUAUGUGGGUCCACAUAAGACCCUUAUUAUCUCUUAUUAUCUUUUAUUAUUAAUAAUAAUAACUUAUUAUCUCUGUGUAUAUUCUAAUUUCGACCUUGUCUGACAGAAUUUUUACUUGGAGAGUUUAGAUAAUGUCAUAUAUGCUCUUUUACUCUCCAUGGUAUUAAAAUGUAUUAACUUUUUAUAGUUCCAUUAAUCUGAGUCCAUAAUGUGUGUUGUAUUAAAUGAAAAUUUCAUGCAUUUUUGUUUUUCUAUGUUUUUUCUUACAAGACUUACUAUUCCAGUGGCUUCUUCAAAAAUGUUGACUACUCUUUCUGCAUCAACCAUAGUGUUGUCCAAUAUGUUAAAUCUAGGAUAUCCUAGUUGAUCAAUAAUCCUAUGUUGAUCAACUUCUAUUCCAGUUGCUAUUUUUAUAUAUUUCUGACUGAUCACUACAGUGUAAUAUUGAAAAGAAAUGAAGAUAUCAUAUCACCUUGUUUUAACUCAGUUUCUACUGUCAUAUCAUGAGACAUAGUUGGAUCCAUACUGAUUCAGUACUGUAAAUUUGUUCUAUGGUUGAUCUUUUUUUGUUAGUACACUUUGUGCACUAAAUUUAAAUUUACUCUGUAAUUUCUGCAUUCAAAGUUGUCACCAUUUUUAUGAACAAGUUUAAUUUCACAUAUUAUCAUUUGAAAGUUGAAUUAAAGAUUUGUUUUUCCCAAUAGUGUUAAAGAAGUUUUUUAUUCUUGUCAGCUUCUUCCAGUAUCCCAUUUAUGAACUAACUCUUUUUUUUUUUUUUGUGCUGGCUAUCCAUAGUUUUUCUUGUAAACAAAAUAUCCUACAUUGUAAAUAGAUAAUAUUAUUUUUCACUAAUUAAUUUAAGAAUGAUUUAAAUAGAUAAAUAAAUGAUAGUAAUCUACAAAUUUGACUUUUACAAUUUAAUAUUUUAAAAUACAAAAAAAAUUUUUGUUGACAGUUUAUACAUUUGAUUAUUAUUUUGGUUUUUUUGUGUUCAUAGAUUAGAAAACAAAUGUAAGAAAUUGAAGAAGAAAAAUCAAAAUUCUAAUAAGGUUUGUAUUUGAAUUUUGGGAAAAUAUAAUUUUAUAGAUAAUGUUUAGUUACUAUAAUAAUACUUUUUAAAUCCUAUUCUACUAAGUUAAUUGUGUAUAAUUUAGUAAUUAAGUACUUGUACAGAAGAAAAUAGUGUUUACUAGUAACUUCAAUAAUUGCAAAAAUUUGAAGUGGCCCUUAUAUGUUCAGUUGGUAUUUUUGUUAAUAGUUUUAAUAGUGUGAUAAAGACCAUAUGGAAAAUUUGUCUUAAUUGAUUUAGAAAUUUGUGUUUAAAAUGUACAGGUUAGAUUUUAUAUUAUUUAUUUAUACUUAUGUUAAAAAAUAAUUUUCUAGUUGUUGACAAUAAACAAUACAAUAUCAAUAAAUGAUAUCUACACAAUUGAAAAGAAUGAUGAUAGUAAAAUAUACAAGGGUAUUUUUAAACCACCAUCAACAGGGUUUUCUGAUUUUAAUGAAAACAAGAAUCAGUCUCAUAGUACCAGUUAA